CAGAGACGGCUAGCAGGACCAUGGACAAGGAGUAUGUGGGUUUCGCUGCCCUCCCCAACCAGCUGCAUCGCAAGUCUGUCAAGAAGGGUUUUGACUUCACACUCAUGGUGGCAGGGGAGUCAGGGCUGGGGAAAUCCACCCUCAUCAACAGCUUGUUUCUCACCAACCUCUAUGAGGAUCGACAACUGCCAGAGGCCAGUGCUCGCUUAACACAAACCCUGAGCAUUGAGCGCCGGGGUGUGGAGAUUGAGGAGGGGGGUAUCAAGGUGAAGUUGACCGUAGUGGACACUCCUGGCUUUGGGGACUCAGUGGACUGCUCGGACUGCUGGCUGCCAGUGGUGCGCUUCAUUGAGGAACAAUUCGAGCAGUAUCUUAGGGAUGAGAGUGGCCUGAACCGCAAGAACAUUCAGGAUUCCCGUGUCCACUGCUGCCUCUACUUCAUCUCACCCUUUGGCCGGGGGCUCCGGCCCCUAGAUAUAGCCUUCCUUCGGGCAGUGCAUGAGAAGGUCAACAUCAUCCCUGUCAUUGGCAAAGCAGAUGCCCUGAUGCCUAAGGAAACCCAGAUCCUCAAGCAGAAGAUCCGGGACCAGUUGAAGGAAGAAGAGAUCAACAUCUACCAGUUUCCUGACUGUGACUCUGAUGAAGAUGAAGAUUUCAAGAGGCAGGAUGCAGAAAUGAAGGAAAGCAUCCCUUUUGCAGUCGUCGGUUCGUGUGAUGUCGUGAGGGCAGGUGCGAACCCACCAGUGAGAGGACGCUCCUACUCCUGGGGUACAGUGGAAGUGGAGAACCCACAUCAUUGCGAUUUCCUGAACCUACGACGCAUGCUGGUGCAGACACACCUGCAGGACCUGAAGGAGGUGACGCAUGAUCAGCUCUACGAGGGCUACAGGGCCCGCUGCCUACAGAGCCUGGCCCGGCCUGGGGCGCGUGAUCGAGCCAGUCGUAGUAAGCUUUCCCGCCAGAGUGCCACAGAACUCCCACUGCCCAUGCUGCCCUUGGCCGAGACGGAAAAGCUGAUCCGAGAGAAAGAUGAAGAGCUGCGCCGCAUGCAAGAGAUGCUGGAGAAGAUGCAGGCCCAGAUGCAACAGAGCCAGACUCAGGGCGAGCAGUCGGACGCUCUCUGAGGCCUCCGCGCGGGCUCUCCGCCAACGGUCCCCGCACAUCCGGGCUCCGCAGCCCUGCCCCGCCCCAUCCGCUGCGAGAGCGCGUCUGCAGUCCGGCCUCCGGCACACCCCUGCAGGGCCCCUCUUCAGCCGAGCUGUACCUUCAAUAAA